UUUAUUUAGGAAGGCACUGACAUUAUAAAAUGUAGAAGAAUAGGUCUGUGAUCUUGUGUUCAUGACAGUAAAUCUCUUUGAAGUAUCCCUCUGGAAUAAGCUUUUUAUUCACAUUAUGUGAGUUAAAACGUUGCCACUAUUUCAGCUGUUUGAGCAACAUAACAAAGACACAGAGUCAGUAUUUGGCCCAGUUCUGUAGCCAGUGUUGCCCAAAGGUUUGUUGUGUUUAGCCUCGACUGUCUGUGUCCCGUGUCAUGUCUUUGGUGAUGGAUCCGUUUAUAUUAGCAGGCAGACAUGGCAUUUCACAGCAGCCUGCCUUACAGCACUAUAAAUAGUAAUAAUUUCAGCCAUAGUGUCACAACCUGCUGUGAUACAAAGUGACUCAUAUGAACAUGUCAUGAAAAAGCUUUCGUGUAAAACUCUCCUUUCCUCACGAACCUAAAUGACUUACCGGAGAUGCAACGAAGAAGAAACUUUCACCACCUCCCCUUUAUUGUCCUCUCCUGAUGUUUAUAUCGCUCAAUCAUUCAAUGCAAGUGUUGACUUCAUAUUUUCUAUUUGGGGCAUUCAUGUGCUGUUUACUAUCGAAGCAGUAAUAGUCACUUAAGUAGAUUCAGUUUGACACUUGGACAUUUCAAAUCAACUAGAGAUGAAAGAAUUAGAUCAACGAAAAGUUAAUCGGUUAUUUCCUUAAUUUUUGCUUUAUUUAUCAUUGCAAGCUGAAGAUCCUUUGGUUUAGGACUACAUUAAGUUCUUCAAGCUACUUGUACUUUGUAGUAGAAGUAUUUUAUGCUACUUUAUACUUCUACUACACUACAUCUCGGAGGUAAAUAUUGUACUUUUUACUCCACUACAUUUGUCCGACAGUUUUAGUUACUUUACAGUAUCUCCAGAUGUGUUGAUUUUGAAGCCUGGAAAAUACAUCGUCACAAAUCUGAAAACAGCUGUUUUUCUUCAUAGAGAUACGUGCUCCUCACAAACGUAUGAGGAAUAAAAUAUGAUGUGUUGUUCUAGAUUAAAUAUAAAGGAUUCAAAAACAUCUACAACAGUAAAAUAAAUAUAUUUAAUUAGUGGAAGAAGUAGUAUUAAGACCAUGUACUAAACUAAAAGUAGCACUUGGUUUAUUCGUAUUGAUGCAUUCAUAUUUACAUCACUCACAUGUUGGAACUGGUAAAAGUAGCUUGUGAAUUUCUAAUCAAGUCAAUAAAGUUUUUUCUUCAUCUAUCACAUAUUGCAUCAACAGAAAUGAUGAUGAUGCAAAGUAACUAGCUGUCGGAUACAUGUAGUUUACAUGUCUUCACUGUAUAUUACAGUAACAGACAUUUCACCUCAGAAUGAGUUAUUGUACUGUUAGUACUGUAUGUACAGUUUGCUGAUAGGCUACUUUCACUUAAAUAAGGUUUUGAAUCCAGGACUUUUACUUGUAGUGGAGUAUUUUCACAUUGUGGUAUUGGUACUUUUACUUCAGUCAAGGCUCUGAAUACUUCUUCCACCACUGCGGCCCAGGUAACAGUACACCUGUGAGAGCCAGGUGUGUUACGUGAGACAGGAAGGAAGAGCGUAGAGAAAUGUGUCAGAUAAGGCUGUUACGUUCAGCCUUAUCUGACAGCACAUGACGUCGCUAAUAGUCUCGCGCUAAUGGUUCCCGCCCCCUCCGGUGACGUCAUGAUACUGGGCCAAAUCUAGCUGAAACCACAGGAAUGCGACACACUUUUUUGUAUUUGCAGCCCAAAGCUACGGUGCUUUUCUGUGUUCAAAUACACUCACGUCUAUGUUGUACACGCCCACCGCCGUUAUCUGUCACCGGGUUAGUUUCCUUCCACGAAGACGUGACGACGAGUGAGUUUAACUUCUUCACGGAAACAACUUUGUUGCUCCAGAGUCUGUUUUCUCCUCCGAGUUCUUCCUCAGCGCUGACAUGAGAUCAGGUGGAUAGCGUGUCGCUGUACCUGUGACUGCAAGUCUGAUGCUAGGCUGCAGCUGCCACGGCCGCCAUCAUGUUCACCAAAAAGAAGAAGUCUCGCAUCCAGAUCUCCGCUCCCUCCAACUUUGAGCAUCGCGUGCACACAGACUUUGACGAGCAGGAGCAGAAGUUCGUCGGGCUGCCGCGGCAAUGGCAUUCGCUCAUCGAAGAUACGGCCAAGCGGCCCAAACCCUUCAUCGACGCGACCGUCAUCACUACUGUAGAGCCGCGCAAGACAAUUGUACGUGGCAGCAAGCUCGGAGUGGACGGCUCUCUGACCUGGCUGCUGGACGAGUUCGACACCAUGUCCGUGACUCGCUCCAACUCCCUGCGACGGGGCAGCCCCCCCAUCCAGCCCCGCAAGGACUCUAGGUCUUCAGGAGGAGGCGGGCAGGAGAACGGAGACCCUCACCACAGACACCACUCACACCCAGACAGAGACCAACCCAGACCGGAACACCACCAGAGCGGAGGUGACCACCGCCAGGGUCCACGCGCGCUCCGUCCUCAGUGGGAUGAGGGAGACCAGGGCCGGCCCCAGCAGCAGCCCCGGGGCCAAGAGCCCAGCCGGGCCCCCAGGGACAGGGACAGGCCUGGCUCCGGCCCUCCUCCUCCACCUCAUAGAGACAGAGAGCAUCGGGAACGGGGUCAGGAGCAGGUGGCUGACAGGGAUCAACCCGGGGACCUCAGGCCAAAGUCCAGCUACACGGUGCGGGACGGCAGCCCUCAGUCUCCCAGAGACAAGAGGCCUCUCUCCGGGCCCAACAUCCGCACCCCAAACCUGCCGGUGACGGAGGACGCGAUGAAGACUGCCCAGCAGACCACGCGGCCAUUUAACACCUACCCGAGGACGGACAGCGAGGGCGGACGCAGCCCCACAGGACAGCCGGUUCGACACCAGGACUCUUCCCCUAAAAACGGCCCCUCUGGCGGCUCCAGCCGAGGCUCCUCCAGCUCCAAGCCCCCCAUAAGCCACCCGCACCCUCAUCACACCUCCCACCCCAGCCUGACCCCCGAGGCCACCCAGCACCCUCACACCCAGCACCCCAACGUUCCGGCCCCGCGGCCCCCAGCGCCGGGUGCUCCGUCUCAGGGCCGCUCGCCGCAGAGGGAGCCGCAGAGGGUUUCCCACGAGCAGUUCAGAGCGGCACUACAGAUGGUGGUGGACCCGGGCGAUCCGCGGACCUACCUGGACCACUACAUUAAGAUCGGGGAGGGGUCGACGGGCAUCGUGUGCAUCGCCACAGUGAAGACCACCGGGAAACUGGUGGCCGUGAAGAAGAUGGACCUGAGGAAGCAACAACGCAGAGAACUCCUCUUCAAUGAGGUGGUGAUCAUGCGGGACUAUCACCAUGAGAACGUGGUGGAGAUGUACAACAGCUACCUGGUAGGAGACGAGCUCUGGGUCGUCAUGGAGUUCCUGGAGGGCGGAGCGCUCACCGACAUCGUGACACACACCAGGAUGAACGAGGAGCAGAUCGCCACGGUGUGUCUGUCUGUCCUGAAGGCUCUGUCCGUCCUCCACACACAGGGCGUGAUCCACAGAGACAUCAAGAGUGACUCCAUCCUCCUCACUCAUGAUGGACGCGUGAAGCUGUCAGACUUUGGCUUUUGUGCCCAGGUGUCUAAGGAAGUGCAAAGAAGGAAGUCUCUGGUGGGAACACCAUACUGGAUGGCACCAGAGCUCAUAUCCAGGCUGCCUUAUGGACCGGAGGUGGACAUCUGGUCUCUGGGUAUCAUGGUCAUAGAGAUGGUGGACGGGGAGCCGCCGUACUUCAACGAGCCGCCGCUCAAAGCCAUGAAAAUGAUCCGAGACAACCUGCCCCCCAAACUGAAGAACCUGCACAAGGUCUCCCCUCUGCUCAAGGGCUUCCUGGACAGGAUGUUGGUGCGAGACCCGGGUCAGAGGGCCUCGGCCAGCGAGCUUCUCAAACACCCCUUCCUGACGAAGGCUGGUCUGCCGUCCUGCAUCGUCCCUCUGAUGAGGCAGAACAGGAUCAGAUGAGACCUCCGGACCCUGGAGGGGCGGCGUGCGCAGGUUCAGAUGGAAUAGAAUACUCCUGCACACAGAGAGGUGGCCCGCAGAGGUCAGAGGUCACGGGGUGAGAGGGCUGCGCUUCAAGGCGACGCCCUCGGAACGAGCCGUGAGCUGCAAAGUGCAAACUGGGUGUGCAGGAGUAUUCUUUUUUUUAUGUGAAUCACUGAACUGUGGGGAGUGUAUUCCCUUAAUAAGAGGCAAUAAGGCUGUGUGUGAGUGUGUGAGUGUGUGAGUGUGUGUGUGUGUGUGUGAGUGUGUGUGUGUGAGUGAGAGUGUAUAAACAUAGUUGGCAGCACUGUUAAUGACAGUGUUUCAUGGCUCACUCAUGCGUGUGGGAGCAGAGGAGCCACAACUUGCCCGUUGAGUGAUUUAAGCCGAUUUCAUUCAAACAUUUUGGUUUUAAUUGAAGACCUGGAAAGAUUGUGGCUGUUUUUUAUUUUUCCAUUUGGACCAUACCUGGAUUUUAAGUGUGAAGUUGGGGUUUUGCACACCAAUAGGAUGCUUUGAAGGAGCCGUGAGCCCGUUGGCUGAUUUUUAGAGACUGGCGGAUCGUCAUUUUUAAUCUCACUGUUAUGACGGUCUGGAAGCCGGAUCUUCUCACUACAAGGACCGAGGCCGCGGACGGAUCCCAGACUCGGACACUACCCUCAUCACACCUACAACCUACUACUGAGGGACAAACACUUUUGACUCAGUGAUGAGUCAGACAGACUUUAUUUUGUAGCCAUAUCAAUUCUAGCUUCCUGUUGUAAACAAGCAAACGUACACUAAGUCAAAAGGUAAACACUGGAGUUGUGUUUUUUCUUUUUUUUUUUUCUUUUUACAGAUGAAUUGUCCUCUGAUUUCCUCCUUAUUUUCAUGUGUAAGUACAAUGAACAUAGAGAGAUACAUCAGUUUUGAUGUUUUGCUAUCUCAAGUUUGUGAUUGUUUUGUUGUUGUUAUUAUUAUUAUUAUUAUUAUUAUGAUUAUGAUUUGUUUCCUGGUUUGUUAUAGAGAGAUGUGAUGAAUUUUGAAGCACUAUCAACGAGAGAUGGAGUCGGCUCUCCCAGUUGAUUCCAGCACGCAGAUAAUCAAAGCUCUGCAUUUCAUUGAGUUGUUUUGUAGACCAGACAUGACUCACGGAGUCAGACUGAGGCAGUGGUUAAGAAAGCAGGAAGAGACAACGACACACCCACUUUAAACUGAAUAGAUGACUAAAUGCUACCCCUGUUUCAGCCUUCUUUGUAUUUUAGUUGUACCAUAGUGUUUUUACCUGAACUAUUCCAGCUGAUAGAGGUAACUGGCGUAAGAAAACGAAUGCUUCUUCUAGGGCAGAAAAUGAACACGAGCUGCUUUUGAGGCAAUCAGCGAGUUGUUGUUUUUAUUCUGUGUUGCUUCCUCAUCACGUCGUAGCUCCCUUCAUUAAACACACGGAGCUGUUUCCAGUAGACGGCCCAUUGAAUGGAUCAAUGUUUGAUUUCCUAGUUACUGCAGAGCGCUCCUGAAGCCACCUCGUGCUGCGAGUGUUUCAUUCUGAAACGAUAACUCGGCACAACACACACAGGAAGGAGUAACAGAUUAAGAAAAGAAAAGCGGCUUUGUUUAGAUUUAUACCUCCCAUGAAUAGAGAUAGUCAUGUGUGUGAAUGAAGAUGUAUACUAUUAUUUUAGGGUUCACGUUUUAGGCUGCGUGAAAAUCCAUUCUGAACACUAGUGAGCAGCUUCUGAUAAUGCACACACACACACUCACACACAAGCUGAAAGACAUUCCUGUCACUGAAAGUUAAAGUUCAUUUACCCACCAAAGUACCAAAAUAAAUAGAUUUGCAUCAGGCCUCAGUUGAUUUCAUAACGAGAUAUCACUAGUGUGCUGCAGGGCGACGUCAUCACACCGGUUCCCUCGACAAAAAGCAAACAAAUGCUUCUGAUACUUACACCUUUCGUUCAUUAAGAUAAUCUUCACAAGUGAACACCACUUUUAUGAUAUUUGAUGCGUGAAGUAAAAUGCUAACAUUGGCUAUAAAGGUCACGUGGCUUCACGUCAGCCCCACUUGUCUGAAGGCGGACUAUCAGCGGUCUCAUAGAGCCACGCCUCUUUUAAGGCACGUCAGAGCUUCAACAUUCACAAGAACGGUAUUUACUGAUGUAUUUUAUGUAAUCUUCUGUUAAACACAGACCUUAUUUCAGGCAUCUAACCAAAAACCCAUCUACUUCAAGACGAGGGAACCAGAGGUGAAACACCGCUGACUCAUUUCUGGGUUCCUGCAGCGCUCUAUAACAGGAUUCUGUUUGUUGUCGAACACAAGAACUCCAAAUGUGCUGAAACCAGCUUUCAAGUUGGAGUAAAUACACCCUGUUGUUUUCAUCAGAUCAGGACAUUCAGAUCGGUCACCGCUUUCAAAUACCCAAAAGAAACUGUAGAGAGUUGAUCCGUUCAGGUCGGGCUGUUGCACACCCACGCCUGUAGGCUCACACUGAGAGUCAGGAGAUGACACGAGAGAUAAGGCUCUGUUGUACUUCAGCAUUCUCCAGGUGAUGCGACAUAAACACGGCCUGCAGUCUGUUUCCAUUCCUUCUAUGUCUUCCAGCUCAGCUGCUGCAGAGCUCUCUCAUCGCUCAGGUUUGUUUUUCGAUGACUCUUCUCCACCCUGAAUGCUUCCUGCUGACGUAGCGCUGCUCCAGAAGGAACACGCACACUUUUGAUGUCGUCUUCCCUCACUUUUUGUCAAAGUCAAGACUGUAGCUGAACAGGAGGGAGACGGUGGAUAUAUAUGCCUCAGAAAGGUUGUAUGUUUUAUCGAUGAUGAUUCAGACACCAAAUCUAUUAUUCACAUUUUAGUUUUGGCCCAAAAAGAAGAUUUAGAUGGUUCAACCUUUCGUUUCAACCAUCUUUUCCCCCAAAUAAUGUCAAAUUCAUAAAAAGCGUAAGAGAAGAGCAGGGUGAAGGCUUCUUGUUUGAUUUCUAACAUUGUGGAUCGUUCCUGCAAAGCACAGCCAGCUCUGGUUAGAAGAGAACGAUGUGAACUCACGUCACUAUUACUGUUACUUGAUGAUGUGUCGCUCCAGUAGGUGAAGAAGAAGUGCAUCAAAGCAGCGGUACCCUUCGGAAAACGCUUCCUUCCAUCGUUGUCUGUAGCCUCAAGCCGUAGUAAUGAACCCCGUGGUCUCUGGACUCUUUGUGUUUCAGAGGAAACGUAGUUUCCACUUCUGAAAACAUCUUCUCGUGUUUACGGCCUAGUAAAGAUUUGAGACGCUGCAGGCUGAACGUUGGUUAAUCAUAACAUUGCCACUUCACUGAGAAGACAUUUCUGGUGGGCGUUUUUGUACUUCGUGUCCUCGGAUACUUGGCAGACAGUCAAUUUACGUGUGUGUGUGUGUGUGUGACUGUGUGUGUGACUCACAGAUUACGAAACUUGUUGUGAGGAUCCAUGUUUAUAAUCGGAGCUGAAUGACAAUCGGAUGUAGUCGAGGUGAUUCAGUUUGGGCUGAGACACUUUCUGUUUUUCUUCACGGUCAGAAUCUCAAAUUACACUCUUGAAUCUGCAUAUAUUGAUUCAUCACUUACUAUACUUUUGAAUAAUUUUAAACAUUUUUUGGGGACUGAAAACAAAUGGACUUUGUAAUGAAGGGGAGAGAGAACCUGCCUCCUGCUAAAUGCUGGUAAAUUGGAUCUGGUGUGUUUAGAGAGACCAAAGCAGCCGGUGAAAAUGACUGCAUCUCUACAUGUGACAGUUGGAGUAAGAGUAGAGUAAUGGGACCACUGAUGGAGGGAACUAGUACUAUUUCUCCCACUAAAUAAAUAUGAAUGUGUGAGUAAAAUGUCGUCAUAGAAUGAAGUCGGUUGUUUCAAGAGCAGAAAGGUUGGGCUCAAUAAGGUUAAAUGGAUUACAGGCAUGUUUGAGCGUUUCCUUUCAAAACGAACCCGGUUAUCGAUCCACGCGUCCUGUACCAUAAAUAGUUUUAUUUACAUGACAUUAUCCUUAAACCUGUGGUAUUAAGGUGCUUGUUGAUUUCUCAUUUGAAGUGUAUCAAAAUUAUUCUUCUGUUUCACAGUGAUCAUGUGGUUACUGAGGCUCGUUGACCAACCGGCCUGUGCUUUCAAAUAUGUGACAGAAAUACGUUUAGAUUCUCACUGACUCGCCUUUUUUCCUUUUUAAAAGCUGAUUUUGUUGCAGUUUUGAUAUGUUUUUGGUCAAACAUGGGAUUGCAACAACUGUUCCUCCGCCAUCUUGUUUUUGUAUAUUUCACUGGUGUUGUAAAAAAAAAAAAAUACAAAAAAACAUAGACUUCACUUUGCAAAUUUUCUUUUUUCUUUUUUUCUUUGCAAAUACAGAUUUUGUAAAAGUAAUCCACGGAGUGUGUUUUCUGUUCUACUUGUAUGCUCUCAACAGACGGACGAGGUGUUCUUCACUCACUCCUGAAGAAGUAACACGUGGUCUCACACACACUUGUGUUACAGAGUGUGUAGCGUGAGGAUGGACGUUACGCAUGCUGUCUGGUUACUGGACGUCGGCUCAAAAGGCAAAGCAGCUCUUUGAUUGUGAAAGAUUAACGGCUCAAAUCUGCUGAUGUUUCACAUCACAAAUCAGAUCUCAAACUAUUUAUUGACAAUUGAAACUUACUCUUUCAGACGAGACCAUUUUCGCUGCCUUAUAUUCUUUCACCACCGAGCCGAUCGGUAUACACGAGAUUAGAUUCUCAGUCUCUGGCUUCAAAGGACUUGGUGAACCAACGUGACACUCGUUUGAAAAGCUUUUUGCACCGUAAGCGUCGGCAUCCUCUCUUGUGAGGAUUUAUAAUCACAAUUCAUAAGCUAGUAGACAUUUAGCUAAAUGAAUUCAUGGGUUUAAAAAUAUGACUUGCAUGCGAUAAUCCAACUUUGUGAUGUUAGUCAUUGCAUGAUAUAGAGAUAAUCAGAUCAGCGUCAACCAGCACAGCGACAAUCAAUCACUUCGUUUACGACCAUUAAAUUAAUCUGCAACUAUAUUGAUAAUCAGUUUGAGUGUUUUUUUUAAGAAAAAAAAAAGUCUAAAUCCUCUGAUUCCAGCUAAAUGUGAAUAUCGUCUAGUUUGGUUCCUCCUGUGAGAGGGUCAUGUGAAUAUCUCUAAAUACCUUUGAGGAAGUAAAGAAAGGAGUAAGUGAGGACAUUUUAUAGACCAAACCAUUCUUUGAGAAAAUGAUUUACAGAUCAGUCGACGAUGAAGUUCAUCCCUCGUUGUAGCCCUUGAGUCAACUGUUGCACCAAGAGACAUGGCAUUAAAACAACAAGAGGCCAAGAGGUGCAAAUGACCAUCAGUUGAACUGAUUGAUGUGCAUUAUUUAUAGUGGACAUGAGAGUUUAGCGCACUGCGAAUUUAACAGAUGUACUGCAUACAAAGUGGACAUACUGGACAUUUUGGCAUCCAUCGUUUGACGUACAGAAUCGAUUGCACCGCACCCCGCUGUGCUCUCUCUUGCUGCUGCGCGCUGAGCUCUCAGUGCUUCUUUCCUUUUAGGAGUCAUUAAAGGAAGCGAUGCACCACCAACUUUUAUGUCCAUAUGAAUUUGGCUCCACGGUUUCAGAUGUUGAGUCAUCCCUCACCUACCUGACUAAUUACAGGUCUGAACGAGUCCCCCACAUGAGCUGCAGAUUCAGCAUCAGUGCGAGCCCUCUUUCUCUCUAUUGCAUCACAGCAGCAGGCGGCACACUUGUAUUUUUAGCACUUCCGUCGAGGCGGUGGAAGCAACUCAGCUGCAGCUCUGCAGCUUUUACUGUAAACAGUCGGCCUGAGGGGUGGGCCCCCUCCAAACAAUGUGGGCUAGCACAGACCACAGACCAGCUGUGUUUGUGGUCCGUGUAUCUGUGUGUGCAUCUCACAAGAUUAGAAAGUAAAACAACUAGUAUGAAGGUGCAACAAACACAACACGGAGGACAAAGUACAUCUGCUUUACUAGUUAGAACUAAACGUGUAAAACUGUAAUAAAUACACGAGCAACGGAAGCUAUGCAUGUAAUGUUUUGAUUAUUAAUACUUUAAAUUAUCUGUGAUAACCACCACUUUUGUCUGACUAAAAAAGGAAUUGAUAUGAAAUGUUGUGCAAACAUUCAUGUUCCCCAGAGGAUGUUCCCUAUUGACUUUUCCUCUGUAGCACCACCAGCUGGUCAAAGCAUUCACUUAUUCUGUGUAGUAUCUCUAUCUGCCUGAAGGAUUGGCUCAAUGACGUUUGCGAUCUCCAGACGAUGAGUCCUGGUGAUCUUGGUGUUAUAAUCUAAACAUGGCACUAAUAUUCAAGUUCAGUUGGUAAAGUCUGGCGCCAUCAUUGGGGCG